AUGUCAUCUGUCUAUAUCUCCCAUGUAGGGUCGUACUCCCUCAGAGCACCUUUGGUGGGUGAUAAGAGACUGAUGGAAGUUGAGAGAAGCAUUUCAAUGUUUGCUGAAAUGACACCAGGUUCAAACCAUGCACUGUUAAUCUCAAGGAAAGGGUCUGAAAGGACUAGGUGCGCACCGUACGGACAACAGAAACCCGGAUCAGAAAAGAUCUUUUCAGGCUCAAGGACAAAGGAUCAGACACAUCCAAAAUCACCCUCCUUUAGGAACUGUCUGAAGUUUUUCUUCAAGGACCAAGCAAGGAUGGACCAAAGAGAACCACGGAGCGAUUCUCAUGCUGAACUCACUGAGGGAAGACUCAGGGAACUGGCAUCGAAGUGGUUCAUAGAGACUCAAGUGCCACUCAUCAUCCACAACGGCUUCUUCCCCACUUGGUUCCUGGGCUUCAUCACCAGAAAGGAUGCUGAAGAAAUACUCAGAGAAAAGGAGCUGGGCUGUUUCCUGGUUCGUCUCAGCGAUAAGGCCAUCGGGUACAUACUGUCCUAUAAAGGCAGGGAUCGGUGUCGACACUUUGUGAUAAACCAAAGUGAAAAAGGGCAGUUUGUAGUCUGUGGAGACAGCGAGGGACAUAACACAGUACCUGAUCUAAUAGAAUACUACAAGAAAAGCCCCAUUGAGCCAUUUGGAGAGUACCUGACGUCUUCGUGUUUUGAGGUAAUGAACGAAGAGCUUUAUGAUACCAUCCAGAUCAACCCUAAAGAAAAACCUUUGUCUACUCACAGAGCUGUUAAGAAUGUACAAAAACAACAGACUAACCUGGCCUUAGAGCAGCCACCUACACGGCCACCAAAGAACAACAGGACACUAGAGGAAGUACCUCCUUUGCCUCAUAGGAACAGGCACUUGGACGGUUGCCACCUGAAUGACCAGGACAGAAUUUUGUAUGCUCAGCUCAUGAAGCAGUCACCCAAGGAGUUACCAAGAUUCCAACACAUCUUUCAGGGCCAUUUACCUGGAGAUAAUCCGGGGAGGGCUGAGAGAUCUACUGCACAGGAUCAGAACGUCAUUCGGUGUAGUCCUGAAUCAGGACAACCCUAUAUUUACUCUGAGCUUAGUCUGCUGGAGAACAGCAAAAGCAGGUCUCUAUCGCUCCUGGAAAAUGGCUUGGAGGGGGAGCACUAUUACAGGCCGAGUGCACGCCCACAAACACCACUGAGACUCUCCCCCAAGCCCAUCAGACAAGCCACUGGCUGGAUCCCACGGUCAGAGAAGACAGACUCGCGCAGUGCACCAAGCAGUCUUGAUCGCAUGAAUGACAGUGCUGUCUAUCACCUGGCUGGCAAGUCUGGGAGCCCACGCGUGGCUUCGUCUGAGACUAGCUCACUGACAUUUGAGCAACAUAGUGAUUCAGUGUACACUGAGGUCCCCAAUGAACGCUUCUCUCCAUACAAUACAUAUGAGCUGAUUCCUGGGCACGAGGAUGCAGCUGAUCUUAAAACCAACAGCAACACUUACGAGCCUCUGGAGGACUUCAGACCCAAGGCCUUAAAGAAUGACAAAUGGAAAUGGCUCUUCCCUGAGGUCAAGAGGAAAUGGUGAAGAGGUUAACUUACCACUUACUGAAGGAAAUGUUUACUUAUUUUACUCUGACACUACAGUGCUACUAACAUAAUUACAACUAAAUGUAUUUAUUUAAAAAUGAUGAUGCACUUACAUUUUCUAUUCCACAUGUAAGUCCAUGUGUUAAAUAAAACACAAACUGUAUACUGAAAUUUCACAAAACAAUUUAUGCCAUUAAACU